AUGAUUUAUCUUUUUGAAAAUGCAACGGGAUUUACGCUUUUUAAAAAACAAGAUGAUAGAAUAAAAAAAGUGAACUCAUACGAGUUUAAAAAUAAUGAUGAAUUACUUGAAACAUACGAACAACUUGAACAGAAUAAAUUACCAAAAAAUUUAGAAAAUUUUUUAUUUUCUGAAUUGAAGGAUUUGAAUGAAGUUCUGGCUGUUAGAGAUACUAAAUUACAAAAGCUUAUUACAGAAUCUUGCAAUAUUUCUUCUAAAUAUGUACAAGAUGCUAAUUUUAAGCUUAUUUUAAGUGAACUUGAUAAAUUUACUAGCGAAAAUAACAAGCAGAAAACACUUUUUUUGUCUCACAAAAUGGCUCUAAAAAAGAUAACUUAUAAUGCUGAUAAAUUAGAUACAAUGAUUAUACAAUCUAUAAAUCUAUUGGUAGAUAUUGAUAAGGAUAUUAAUUUACAUUGUAUGAGGAUUCGGGAAUGGUACGGUACACAUUUUCCUGAAUUGUCGUUAGUUGUAGACGAUAAUCUUCUUUAUUUAAAAAUUGUAUCAAUAAUCGGAAAUCGAAAUACUUGUUCGUUUGAAAAAAUACAACCUGUUGCUGGUGAUUUGUCAGAAAAGAUAUAUAAAUUGUCUGUUAAUUCGAUGGGCACAGAAAUAGCAGAAAAUGAUGUAGAUAAUAUUAUAAAUGACUGUCAAAGUAUUAUUAAAAACUUUGAAUAUAGAAAUAAAUUAUCAAGUUAUAUCAAAGAAAAAAUGAUGUGUAUAGCACCAAAUUUAACUAAUCUUAUUGGAGAUUUUAUUGGUGCAAGACUUUUAAGUAAAGCGGGAUCUUUAGAAUCCUUAGCAAAGUAUCCCUCGUCUACUAUACAACUUUUAGGAGCAGAGAAAAGCCUCUUUCAAGCACUUAGAAAUCAGUCUAAUACGCCAAAAUAUGGUUUAAUUUUUGAGUCGUCAUUGUUAGGACAGGUGUCUUCAGAAUAUAAAGGUAAAAUUGCUCGUACUCUUGCAGCAAAAAUAUCUCUGUGUGCAAAAAUUGACGUAUCAUCUAAAGAUCAAACCGGUAAAUAUGGUACUGAUGCAAAGAAUAAAAUAUUAAACAGAAUAAAAAAUUUAGAAGAUGCUAGCAGACCUAAAAAAAAAGUUAUUACAAAAUCAAAAUUUAUUGUUAAAGAAGAAAUAAAAUAUGACGAUAAAAAUGAUAUAAAACGCAGUAAAAAAAAUUAA